ACGUCACCGCCCAGACGCGGAAGUAGACGCGUCCCGACGUUCGGCUCGUAACGACGCGCCUCAGGACGAACGAACGAACGCAUGCGGUCGGGGUUGAAAUGCUGAAGCUUAGACCGGGUCCGAGGCUCGAGCGGAGACAUGGAGAGGAUUCGGGAGCGCUUCAAGCCGAGCGAGUCCUCGAGUGAAUCAGUGAGGCUGAGGAAGAGGAGCUCCAUCCUGUACAACACAGACGUCACGCAGCCCCAGACACCCAAAUUCUUCGGGAUCAGCGUCGCCGUUUUCUCGGUCGUGUUUCGCCUGCUCAACUGCGUCCUGGUCCAGACCAGCUUCGUCCCGGACGAGUACUGGCAGUCUCUGGAGGUCUCCCAUCGAAUGGUCUUCAAGUAUGGCUACGAGACGUGGGAGUGGAAGGAAGGCAUCCGGGGGUGUUCUUAUCCUCUCCUGUUCGCCCUGAUGUACAGACUCCUGCAUCUGAUGAACUACGACACGGUUUAUUUAUUGGUGUUUGCGCCGCGUGUUUUCCAGGCGCUGCUGGCCGCGUACGCAGACGUGAAGCUGCAUAACCUCGUCCUGCGGUGGGAGACUCCGGACGUGGCCAAAUGGACGUUUUUCUGCCAGCUGUGUUCGUGGUUCACCUGGUUCUGCUGCAGCCGGACUUUGACCAACACUAUGGAAACGGUUCUGACCACCCUGGCGCUUAGCUAUUUCCCUUUACCCGGCUCUCAAACGCAAAACAGCUGGAAGUAUCUGUCUCUGGUGUCGCUGGCCGUCGUCGUUCGCCCCACCGCCCUGAUCGUCUGGCUUCCUCUGCUCUUCUAUCAUUUCUGCGUUGAUCAGAACAAGCUGAAGCUCGUCACGCAGCGAUGCUUCCCCAUUGCGGCUCUCGCUCUGGCCGUCUCCACGCUUACAGACUCUGUGUGCUAUGGAAAGUGGAUCGUGGUCCAGUGGAACUUCCUGAAGUUUAACGUGCUGCACAACGUGGCCGAGGUUUACGGCUCUCACCCGUGGCACUGGUACUUCAGUCAGGGUCUGCCGGUCGUGAUCGGCCCGCACCUCCCUCUCGUCCUGCACGGAUGUUCUCUGGCCACCAGAAAGCACCGGAUCCUGCUGAUAACCAUCCUGUGGACCACAGCUGUGUACAGUUUGCUCGCACACAAGGAGUUCCGGUUUGUUUAUCCCGUGCUGCCGUUCUGUAUGAUAUUUAGCGGGAUGUCUCUAGCGAAGCUGCACGCGUGGAGGAAGCCUGCCGCCGCCGCCCUGCUGCUCUUCAAUCUGAUUCCUGCCUUGUAUACGGGUUUGAUUCACCAGCGGGGAGCUCUGGACGUCAUGCGCGACCUGCAGGGACUGUGUGACCCCGGCGACUCUCAGAGGUCACCUGAGCUGCUGUUCCUCAUGCCCUGUCACUCCACACCGCUCUACAGUCACCUGCACUGUCCCCUCAAAGUGCGCUUCCUCGAGUGUCCUCCAGAUCUCACGGGAAACGAGGAGUACGUGGACGAAGCCGACGUGUUCUUCUCCGACCCUCUUCACUGGCUCCGGACGUCCUUCCCGUCUCAGUCCGCCUCACCUUCACACAUAGUGCUGUUCGACUGCCUGGAGAAGGAGAUUUCGUCAUUCCUGGAGAAAAACCGAUUCGCCAAACAAGCCGAAAUCUUCCACACGCACUUUCCUGAAGGUCGAGUGGGAAGAAACAUAUUAAUAUACACCAGAGGAUCUGCACCGAACGCCCACUGAAGUUUUGUGUUUUUGCCACACUCCAGAGUAAGAUCGGGUCUGUUUUAGCUCGAAGCAGGAGGACGACCGUCAACCAAGCAGUGAAAGACUUUUAUUCUGAAGUUUUGAGUGCAACAUUAAGCAGUUUAAGUGCAUUUGUGUUCAAUUACAAACAAGGAAUGUCAUUUAGCCGAUAAGCACACAGACGAGAAGAAGGGGAAAAUAGUGCAGAUUGACACUUUAAUAACUUUAAAUAAUAUCUUCUGCUGAUCUGCAUGUUCAAAUAAAACUGGUAACAGACACCAGAUUACUUCAAAGUGCA